AAGGAACGAAUGGCAAAUAGUCUACGUCGUUUUCUUUGUAAAUAUGAGGCUACUCUUUGCUCGUUGUAUAGGGAACAACUUGAGGAAAGUUUAUAAUUGGACACGUGUUUUUCUUCUGUCGGUAAUGUGAAGAUCAACUGAUUCCUUUGUAUCUAGCUCCGCUUUUUAAAAGGCAAUGAGUGAUCUAAUAGGAGGGGGCAUAUGUGUCCUAAUUAGGUCCUUUUCAGCCUUUAGAAUAUGCGCGUGCCCUCUGCUGCGCGCCCUCUGCUGCGAGCCCCCGGCAGCGAGACAUGGAAGCCCAGGAACUAUUUCAUCAUCGGGAUGUGUCCCUGCGCGUGUCACACAGUCCAGAGAUUACAAGUGACUUGUAGCGCACAAUCCAACGGUCCUCACAAGCACUUUAUUUUGAACGAGGGAGUUUUAAACUAGGCACGGAUGUCUGAACAACAACUCAUUUCGUGCAGCAGGCUAACUUUACACGUUUUCUCCGGCCGGGUAAAAACAGCGUGUUGAACUGAAUUGAACAAUAAUACUUUAAAAUGGAAGAUAUAUUAUUUGACUUGGCUCAAGAUGGCACUACAGACUUUGAUUUCUGGGGGCAUAUGGACUUUAACUUCCAGUUCCAGGCCCAGUUGGACAGUCUACUCUUCGACUGCACCACGGUCACCGGCCAGCUUUCGCCCUGGUCCUCGUUCGGUGGCCAGUCCAUGUUCCCGGACGCGCAGCUUACAUUCACAGACCUGGACUCGCAGUCUCCCGGCCUUGGCGCCGGUGCUGAAGUGGACAGCUCCUCGGUGGACGAGCCCCACGAGAUGAGCAAGCGCAGGCCACGGCGGUUUGUGCCCCAUCACCCGUACAAGAUCCAGCGACACGCCGCUAAUAUCCGGGAGAGGAAGAGGAUGCUGAGUAUCAAUUCGGCGUUCGAAGAGCUGCGGUGCCACGUGCCCACCUUUCCUUACGAGAAGCGCCUGUCCAAGAUUGAUACCCUGAGACUCGCUAUUGCCUACAUCGCCCUACUGAGAGAAAUACUGAUGUCCGGCUGCGACCCCAAGUCAUACUUGGAUGAAUGCAUGAAGAAUGGUUACAAGAAUCAAACCAAUGCCAUUUGGAACACAAGUGAUCUGACAGCCCGGCUCUCCUGGAUAAAGUGGGAUUAACUCAGGAUGGAGCGACCCAAGUACGGAGGACAGGGGGUGUUGGCGGGGGAUUUACACCCCCUUCUCUGUCCGUGUCAAUGGCAGCAUCACAUCAGGGGCUGAGUGACAUCUGGAGACUUCUCACCAGGUCGUGCACCUCUCUCUACAGCCAUCCGCUCCCCUCACAGCUUUUAAUAUUCAAAUGUGUUUUGGAUUGGUCAUUGAGUGCCAGUGUUUUUCUGGAGUUGCCUGUUGUUUUACAGUGAAUGGGGGACCGGGGCCAGACUCAAGCCCAUGGGGAUGGCACUUGUCACAGGGGAGAGAAGCAGGCUGGCAUGGGACUGAAUGAACCUUGGUAAAAAAGAAAAAGAAACUGAAUUGGAUGGAGUGUGAUAAUGAAGUGUUCAUUUAAAACCUUUUGCUGUUGUUCAUUAGACACUGUUAUAAGGGACUUGAUGAUGUAAAUUAGAUUGUGUGUGAC